UGAAAUAAACGAUACUUCUGCACUAUAAUAUGUCUGCUCUCGUAGAGAGUCAGAGACUUGAUUACAGUACUCGUAUUUGAUUUAUUUUUAUUGAUCGUGCUAGUGGAGAGAACUCUCUGCUAGUGCUACAAAACUUGCAAUCACAGCCAGCAUUUCGAAGUGUAGCUGCGGUUGUUUAGUUUCAGCCACAAAAAUUGUUUGCUGUCCUUUCCCCAUGUCCAGUAAAUUAUGAACGCCGCUGGGAACUAUAUGGCCAUUACCCAUGGAUUUCUACGCGGACUGCGAGAACUUAAGUCCACAGGAACAUUGUGCGAUGUGGUCCUUAAAGGAUCGGAGAACAGCGCAGCUAAUAUUCCAUGCCACCGUAAUGUCCUCAGCGCACACAGCAGCUAUUUUCGCACCCUAUUCACGUCUGGAUGGAAAGAGUCCUCCCAGUCGGAAAUCCAGCUGAAGAACACCCCCAGCCAAAUGUUACACAAGCUCAUCGAUUUUGCAUACACAAUGGAAAUCGACGUCCACGAAGAGAACGUUCAGUCCGUUCUGACUGCGGCGCUAUUCCUGGAUAUUGCUCCUGUCGCAGAUAUUUGUUGGGAUUUCCUACAAACUCACUUGGAUUCUUCCAGCUGCUUGAUGGUCUACUCUGCAUCGGAGACCCAUAAAAAUCCGUGUCUGGCUGAGAAAGCCAAGAACCUCGUACUCCGUCACUUUGCUCAAGUUUCACGAGGCGAAGACUUUCUGCUGAUAGACGCAGAUAAAUUGAUGGAUCUGUUCGUGUCGGAUGCCUUGCACGUGGAGAAGGAGGACGACGUUUUUCGCGCGGUGAAGCGUUGGUUUGAUCACGACACGGCUGGACGCAAGGCGCAGUUGUCGGAUGUUCUGCAGUUUGUUCGCGUUACCUUUCUCGAUCCCGGUUGCCUAGAAGAUUAUUUUCUGGCCCUUUACAAUGGCUUCCAGAGCGUUCCGUGUACUGGUGCGAGUUCAUCUGGAGUUAUCAAUGAACUUCCGGGCCGGAGAGCGGAGGCUGCUACAUCCCGAGGCCGACCGCGAGAAUCACAUGGUUUUCCUACAGUGAUUUCGUGCUUUGGUGGCAACUCUGCGGACCAUUACACCCUGAACGAAACCAAUGUUUUUAGCCCAUCGAUACCGAUGGUGUACCAUUUCAAGGAUUUACCACAGCCAGUCGCCAACUGCGGUGUGGUCGUACUGGACGACAGCUCGAUAUUUGUGUGUGGAGGACUUAUCGAAUUUGAUGAUGGAAUGAGCAGUACGCCGAAAGCCAACCAGUACAACCCCGUUCGUAAUCAGUAG